AAAUUAAAUUUUGUGUUUGAUACAAAGAGAGUAAUAAUUUAUCUUGCUAAUAUAAAAUGAAUAAGAUCAACGGUGAUUCUAGAAUUUGAUCAACCAUCAGAUGGUUCAUAACAUAGACCUCAAUGGUGGGUCUCACCACAGGAUACCCAAUCCAAGUACUUGCCAAACUGAAGUCACCUAUCUCGUCUAGGGUUUCAAACCCCAAACCUUUCCAUUUACCUCUUGCUGUGCUUCUCCUCAAAAUAUAAAUUUCAUCCAAUCAAUCUUCUGGCUCUUCAACAUUCAUUCUCAAAACUCUAAAUUUUGCACCAAAGGUGUGAACUUUAUACAUGUAAGUAGCUCUUUCUCUUCUCAUUUCUUUUCACUCACUACUGUGUGAAAGUUGAUUGAUUUAUAUAUAAAUUAAGUACAAUAAAAUAAGUGGGAUAUUGGUUUAUUCUGGCUCAUUGGUAAUAAAGAUUCAAUCUUCUUACAAGUUCCUAUAGGAAUUACUACAUGGGGAAAUCAGGUGGUAGGAAAAAGAAGGGGGGUGUUAGUCAAAAUCAAAACCAGAACCAAGGGGCUGUUGGGAAUAGCCAUACUACUACACCUGUUGUUAAUGGUAGUGUGGAUUUGGACUCAUCCAUUUUCUCAAAAAGAGCCCAUGAGCUGAAAGAAGAGGGAAAUAGAAGGUUUCAGGCUAAGGAUUAUGUGGGUGCCCUUCAACAAUAUGAGAAUGCUCUCAAACUUACACCAAAGGGACACCCUGAUAGAGCUGUUUUUCAUAGCAAUAGGGCAGCCUGUUUGAUGCAAAUGAAGCCCAUAGACUAUGAUUCUGUUGUUUCUGAAUGUACUAUGGCACUUCAAGUUCAGCCCCGUUUUGUUCGGGCUCUUCUACGAAGGGCUCGUGCAUUUGAGGCUGUGGGGAAGUAUGAAAUGUCGAUGCAAGACGUCCAGAUACUAUUGGGUGCUGAUCCGAAUCACCGAGAUGCUUUGGAGCUUGCUGGACGAUUGAGGAUGGCACUUGGUCCUCGUCCAGAGGCCCAGCAGGACCUUCAGAGCCGCCCAUCUCCAGCUGCACUUGGUGCUUCUGCUGUGGGUGCAGCUCCUAUUGCUGGCUUAGGACCAUGCUUACCUGCUAGGCCAAUGUCUAAGAAGCCAGCAUCUUCAGGUGGGGCUUCAGCUAUAUCAGUUAAUAACAAGCCAGAGAAGCCAUAUCAAGUUACGCCAGCUGAAAAUGGUCCUCAAGCCAAAGUUCAGUUGCCAAAGGUUGUUUUGAAGCCUUCAAGUGGUCCUUCCAGACCAUCUACUGAUCGCAAUAAGGAUGGACAAAGAGAGCAGGCAUCUUUAUCAGCAUCAAGUGUUGUUCAUGGACAUUCUAAGGAUGUUGCGAUCCGCUGGAGGCCGUUGAAGCUUGUUUAUGAUCAUGAUAUAAGGCUUGCCCAAAUGCCUGUGAAUUGCAGUUUUAGAGUGUUGAGGGAUAUUGUUAGCAGACGGUUCCCUAUGUCAAAAUCUGUUCUUGUUAAAUACAAGGACAGUGAUGGUGAUUUAGUGACUAUUACCUGUACGGCUGAACUUAGAUCGGCAGAGUCUUCGGUUGAUGGUUUACUGCCAAAAGACCCUGAUGCAGAUAAAACCGACUCCAUUGGGAUGUUAAGGUUGCAUGUGGUUGAGGUGAGUCCUGAACAAGAGCCAGCCUUGUUGGAAGAGGAAGAGGAGAAGCCUGUUGAGAGCGAAGGGAGUAAAGGAGAUGAUAGUGGAUCCCAUUCUUCAAUAAGUGAUUCAAUCGUUGAAACCGUGGAAAAUGAGAGUAACAAGGUAGAGAAGGUCGCCACCAAAGAGAAAGCUGCUAGAUCCGAAAAUCUUGAUUGCAAAGAGGUUGAAAUGGAUGACUGGCUUUUCGAGUUUGCUCAGUUGUUCAGGACCCAUGUAGGCAUUGAUCCAGAUGCUCACAUUGAUCUGCAUGAGCUUGGGAUGGAGCUUUGCUCUGAAGCCCUUGAGGAGACUGUGACUAGUGAAGAGGCUCAAGCUCUUUUUGACAAGGCUGCCUUAAAAUUCCAGGAAGUGGCAGCUCUUGCUUUCUUCAACUGGGGAAAUGUUCACAUGUGCGCUGCAAGGAAGCGAAUUCCAAUUGAUGAUUCUGCUUCAAAGGAGAUGAUGGCGACACAGCUCCAAUCAGCAUAUGACUGGGUGAAAGAAAAAUAUUCUCUGGCGAAAGAGAAAUAUGAGGAGGCACUUCUAAUCAAACCAGACUUUUACGAGGGAUUGCUGGCAUUGGGGCAGCAGCAAUUUGAAAUGGCAAAACUUUACUGGUCCUUUAUCUUGGCCAAGAAAGAGGACCUAUCAAAUUGGGAUCCUACUCAGACUCUUGCGCUCUUUGACAGUGCAGAAUUAAAAAUGAAAGCUGCAACAGAAAUGUGGGAGAAGAUUGAAGAGCAGCGAGCUAAUGAGCUAAAGGAUCCUAGUGCCAGCAAGAUUGAUGAACUAUUAAGGAGAAGGAAGAAGCAAGCAAGUGGUCUUGAAGGUGAGACAUCAGCUGCUGCUGGUCCAUCUGAAAUUUCAGCAGACGAGGCUGCAGAGCAAGCUGCUGUUAUGAGAUCGCAGAUCCAUUUAUUUUGGGGUAAUAUGCUCUUUGAACGCUCACAAGUUGAAUGUAAGUUGUCUUUAGCUGGUUGGAAGAAAAACCUCGAUACAGCAGUUGAGCGAUUCAAGCUUGCCGGAGCUUCUGAGAGUGACAUCUCAACAGUUUUGAAAAACCAUUGUUCCAAUGAGGGAGCUGCAGAGGGAUCUAAACAAAUGGUUGAGAACCCGAACACUGACGAAAGUGCUAAUCACAAGAAUGGCGCUACUCAAGCUUAGGAUAGUGACCUGCUUUAGUUCUAUUGGAUUGCGCUGCCCAUCGACCUGCGUUUGCAUUUUUUCAUGCAUGUAUCUGAAAUGGAGCGACAAAAAGUUUUCACUUUUAGAAGAGUAGGUAUCAGGAAGUCUGUCGUCUCGUCUCUGGUGGAGAACUGGAAUCUUAAUGUCCCCACUCUGAAGGUUCUGGCUUAUGUAUGUGUGCCAACAAGUUCCGACCGUCAGCCUGACGCUAAUUUUUCUAUAUUGAGUUUUGCUUUAUGAAAUUUUUUUAUUGAUGCUAUUAGAAUUUUUUUUCUCUGCAGAUUAGCAUUUAAUUCUGCUGUUAUUGUGAUAAAACAGCUCAUGGUUUGAAACCAUCAAGGAUUUGUAUUUCCAGUAUUCAUUUGCUCUUAUGCUGUCGCGUAUGAAACAUUUGUUUGUGAAGAGAAACAGGAAUUUUUCAUACUA